GCUAUCGUGUGAGCUAAAAUUAACCAGUUCUUCACCGAAAAUAGCUAGCGCUAGACGGUUGAAGCUAAUAUAAAAAAAACCGAAAAUCAGCACGCAAAUUAAGAGGGAUGGGAUAUUGUAACUAACUUCAUAACGUGAAAUCCAUUAGCAAAUUACCACAAUGAAUACAUAUAUAUAAAGAAAAACAGUGUUAUCUAGUACUGUUAUCUUUAUUCGACGUUUUUAUCUGUAAAUCCGUAGUCAAUGUCGGCUGAGUUCAGUACAAACUGUAGUGUCGAACGAAAAGUUAUUGUGUUGCACCCAGUUUUGUGAUAAAACGAAUAAAUUGUAAUUAAGUGAAAUGUAUAACAACGAAUCGCAAUUUAAUGACCCGAAAGGGCAGGGUCAGCCCCCUCCAUACACCGACACCCCCCCCUCAGACGUCAGAAACACGCCAUACACGGAUAACGCACCACCACCGAACGUACAGUAUGCCCAGCAACCACAGUAUCCGCCACCUCCAAUGAUGGCCAGACCAGGAGUGGUAUACCAAGGCAAUGUGAACGUGGUGCCAGGAGUCAUACCUGUGGUUGUAGGACCUCAGAUGGGGCCUAAAGAGUCUCCUAUGACCUGCCCGUCUUGCAACCAUCAGAUUGUUACAAGGGUCGAAUAUAAGUCGAAUAUGAGGACUCAUUUGUUUGCUGCUCUGCUUUGUAUUGUUGGAUGCUGGCCGUGCGCUUUCGUUCCAUACUUCGUUGACAGCUGUCGUAAUGCAGACCAUUACUGUCCAAAUUGCAGCGCUUACAUCGGCAGCUACGUCAGCAAAACCCUUCCCCCACCGUACACAGAUGAGAACCUGGCGGAAAACGCGCCACAAACUUCGGGAGUAGUCUACCAGGCCAAUGUCAUCCCCGUAGUCAUCGGGCCCCAGAUGGGUCCCAAGGAAUCUCCCAUGUCCUGCCCGUCUUGCAACCAACAGAUUGUCACAAGAAUCGAAUACAAGUCUACUACAAAAACCCAUUUGUUUGCUGCAUUGCUUUGUUGCAUUGGAUGCUGGCCAUGUGUGUGCAUUCCCUACUGCGUCCACAGUUGCCAAAACGCCGACCACUACUGCCCGAACUGCAGCGCGUACAUUGGCAGUUACAAGAGCUAGAACCUUUACUAUUGAUAACUGGUUCCUUUAUCUGAAAUACGUGGAAAACAACCUUAUGAUAAGUGCCAUAAGAUUGUGGUAUCAAUUUUUAUAUAAUAUGACUAAAUGAUUUGUUCUGUACCUAAUUUUUGAAGUCAAGGCUGGCGACCUUUCUUAACACAAGCUAGCGACCAUUUGACAUAGGUAGGUCGCCGAGAUGUGAAGGUUGCUAGGAUCCUGGGUCGCCAGCUUUUAUACAUAUUAUUUUAGGUACUUGCUUUAUUGAUGAUCUAAUAUUUUUAUGUACCACCAAAAUGUUUCAAUCGUUUGACAUUGAAACAAAAGAAUAACUGUGUUAUAUUACCUAAGCUUAGUUUAUAACGACGGUUAUUUAUUAUGCGAUACUACAUUUCAUAAAAUUCACAAAACAUUAAUGUUACUCUACUUUUUACUAAUCUUACCCAUAAUCGUAUAUAAUAUAAUAAUAAUCGUAAUAAUCGUAUAAGUUCUAUAACUGUAUUAUCUGUUACAUUCAAAUUCUAUUGUAAUCCUAUUUCAUCGCCUUAUAUCUAGUGCCUGUCAAUUUUCUAAAUCCUAUUAGGUAUUCAUUAUUUCUACUUUAAAUCUUUACUUAAAACCUAAUAAAGAAAAAAAUAAUGAUCUUUUUAAUUCAAUAAACAAAACUGAAACUUUUAUUCUACUUCUUCCUCUUCCUUUAACAAACGAAUGUUUCUUUAUUUGAUGAUUAAAAUUCGUUAUUAAAACUGAAUGUGGCAUAGGCCCUAAGAAAUUGACAUUAUUUAUCUAUCAUCAUUGAUAUAUUAAUACAUGUGGAAUGCGCAUUUCAACAUAGACAUUAUAAUUACAAAAAACAAUAACUGAUUAUCCCGGCACGAGAUAGUCAUGGAAUCAAUUUAGUGUUAGUAGUAACUGACCUAUCAUCACUGACAGGACUAUUAUGAUGAAUAAAUCUGAUACAGUGAUGAUGAUUGAUUCGCGUCGCACUGACUGUGAUUACAACUGUGUCAUUGUGCAUUUUUUUGUAAUGAUAAGUGUCUGGACAUUUUCAUUCAUCGUCAUGUUGGAUAGGGGGUCUACUGUUAAUGACCAGAACCAGUAAUCGUCAUAAAAGAUUAUGAAAGUAUCUGUAUGUGAAAAAUAUGUAUUAAAAACAUUAUUACCUUAUUUAAA